AUGACCUCUCAAGAGAACAACCGUCCAAAUUCUUCUUCACUAUCCCUCGCGAUCGCCACAACUGAAGCAAGAGAUGUUCAAGAAUACAGACUCCCUAAACCAGACCCUAAGCAAUUGAGACCCGACGAAAUCAUCGCCCAAGUGGCAUACUGCGGGCUCAACCACAUAGAUGUUAACCAGGUUAAAUCAGGCGCAUAUAUCACUGAAUACCCAUAUAUCCUUGGGCGGGAAUGGUCAGGUCAAAUUCUUCACAUUGGAAGUGACGUGAAAGAUCUGAAACCAGGAGAUUGGGUGUUAGGUGUUAGUUAUCAGGUUGGAGCACUGCAGGAGCAGAUCGUGAUUUCACGAAAAUAUCUCUGUCCCAAGCCAGACAAAAUCUCAGCGGAGCAGGCAUCGACCAUAGCUCAUCGAUAUGCUGCCGUGAUGGUAGCCCUCCACAUGAAAGAGGGACUGAACCUGCCACUGCACCCCACAGAGGCGGAAAAAGCACAGCGAAAGAUCAUCAUAUGGGGUGCUGCAACAGGCAGUGGCAUGUACGCCAUCCUCGCCCUUAAAAUUGCUGGUUAUAGAACCAUCCUGGCAGUAGCAUCUACCAAGCAAAAGGAUAACUUAAAAUCCCUUGGAGCAACAGACGUCUUCGAUCGGAAUGAAUCCCAGGUGGCAAAGCACAUCCUCUCGAAGUACCCAGACAUCUCCAUCGGGCUUGUUUGCCAGGCGGAUGAGCAUGGCUGGGAUUGUGUUCUUGAAGUCGUUCGUCCAACAGAGAUGAAGAAAGAAUCUGCGCUCUUGGCUUACAUUAUUCGACUCGCACCAUCCAAGGUUCCGGAGGGAGUGACGUUGAGACGUGCAGUUGUGUUUUCCCUAUUACAUGACAAGGAACUUGGCGAUCAUAUCAUACAAAGUACCCUUCCUAAGCUGCUGGCGCUGCCUGAUUUCAUGUUGCCUAAACAAAUCAAGGUCUUUAAGGAUGGAUCUCUGGCAGAGCGCGUUAAGGCAGCCAUUUGUCUGAUGGAAAAGAACAGUGAUGUUAGCGCUACAAUCCAGGUUUCUGUAUAA